AUGUAUGUGGAUGAUAGUGUAGAGGAGAGGAAGAAGAAGAGGAAGAAGAAGAAGAAGGAGAAGAAGAAGGAGAAGAAGAAGGAGAAGAAGAAGGAGAAGAGGAAUAAGAAGAAAGAGGAGGAGCAGAAGGACAAGAAGCACAUGAAGGAAAGAAGUAGUAAAAGGGAGAAGCAAAAAAGUAUAUCUUCAUUUCCGAGACCAGUGAAUAUUCCGAUGUUUUAA